AAUCUUCUCAAAUGAAUAUUGUAUGCAAAGAUUAUUUAGAAAAAGAGGCUGUUUUGGGUGACUUAGUCAUAACCAAUUUUAAUUUUGAUCUAAUACCUAUAGCCAAUGAUUUGCUAUACUUGGAAAUGAAUAAUUGUCUUCGACCACUCUAUAUUGGAUAAGAAAUGACAAUUUUGUAAACUGUGGCUGAAUCUAUUUAAAAAAUGGAAUUAGUGCAUGGCAAAGUUUAAGAAUAUUUAUGCAAAGGAAACUAUUCUAAAUAUGUCAUUGAUAUACUCAAAUAAAAAAAGCAAUAGGGGGAAUUGAUUGAAGAUGAAGUUAGUUUUAAGGUAUCUAAAAUGCAUACACUUUUGGUUAUCGACAGAAAGGUAGACUUCAUAACUCCUAUGUUGACUCCAUUCACAUACGAAGCAUUGAUUGAUGAAGUGUUUUCAAUUAAGAAUAAUUCCAUUAAUCUAGAGAUUAUUAAAAACUAAUAAGCUUUAAAAGACAGACCAAAAACGAUAAAACUUAAUGAUUCUUAUUACAAUAGAAUCAAAAUUAUGAAUAUAAAGCAAUGUCAAUGAGUUCUUGAAGAAAAGAGGUAGAAUAACAAAUAGAUUAUUUAAUCCAUCAAAUAAUAGGAUAAUAAAAUGAAUAUGAGUGAUAUGAAUUAAUAUCUCUCCAAAAAUACGAAUGCUGCCAAAAAAAAAAAAAAGAACAAAAUAUUAUUCUUGACCGUAAUAAUUUACACUAUUACAGAUCUUAUUGUUAGUCAACAUUU